AUGCCUACCAUUGGCAAGUUCAAGUUGCAUGCCCCUCUGCCAUUGAACCCGCGCGAAUCGAAGCAGCUCCUCAACCUCCUGACCACCUCCUUCCGCCAGAAACUUGACAAAGAACACGGAUUCCGAACAGAAUCUGAUAUCGAACCAUCAACGGACAAAACCCCCAAGCACAAUGGCAAUGCCAGGCAACGGCGGCGCUCACACUCGGAUGCGGAUUUCAGACCGACUGACCGACAUAUGCGCUCCGUGCUCACGAAUCCGCUCUUCAGUUAUGUCCCGAAUGCCCACGAGUCCAAAGCCGACAGAGACCCUAUGGACGUAUUCGAUGAGGCUGUAGCGAAGGGAAUGAUGAACACGCACUAUGCUAGGACCUGCUUGAAUGCGAAGAAGCGAGAGAUUAUACAAUCACCUGUGCUUAGCGUUCGAGAAGGCAUGAGAGAUUCGGGGGCGGGAUUGAAAGUUUUGAGAUGGCUGCUGUCCAGCGGAACAGCUAACGAUAACGAAUUCUUGAAAGAUGGGCAAUUCGCCGAAAUCUUCAUGCAAUAUGUGGUCGCCGAAGGGCUACAGGAGGCUGCUUGGAAGUGGAUAAAGAGGGCUUUCGAUGACUACCCGCGCUUCUCUGAACUCUGGGGGCCGGAAAGGGCAGCGGCCCGUCGAGCUAUGGUCAGACCACUCAUGUACUUGGUCAGGGCCGAGGCUUCGGGGCCUGUGAGCUUAGACGCUGCAUAUAUGUGUAUAUCCAGAGCUGCUGGAUAUCUUAAAGGGCUAUCAGCUCUUCAGAUGAGGCAACUGUUAGGCCCUCCCGGAUGGUUCUUAUCACACGAGACGAUCAUGUCGCAUUCCGACCAUCUACCCGCGUCCGAAUUAGCAUUUGAUUCCUUCCUUGCAUUAAUUCCAGUUAUGUCAAGAGAGGUUGAGUAUCACUUUGCUCAUCUACAGCUUCUUCAUCCUUCUCGCCCAAGUGCGAGCUUAGCACUAGAGUUCCUACGAAAGUUGGAUACACCCCGAGACGGGGUUACGCCCCUUAAUAGAGCAAGUUCAACUUAUGAGCACAGCAUAAUCCAGUUGAGUCUGGACACAGCCAAAUUUUUGCUGGAGAAUGAGCGGUUUGAUGAUGCUCAAUGGGUUAUGGAAUACCUGCGGACUCAUUACCCAAGACGCUUGGGAUUAGCCCAGAGGGAGCAAUUGGAGCAAGCAAAGGCAGAGGCUUCAAGUCUACAAUUACUCGAAGGUCUCAGUCUGGCAUGA